CUAUCGCGAUAAUGGCGGACGGGAAGAACCGUAAAGACAUUCUCGCUGAAAAACUUAAGCUCACUCCUCUAUCGGAGGAAGGCGGUUACUUUAGCGAGACCUAUCGCUCUGUUGAGACUAUAGACACAGAACGAAAGGGCAAGUCCCGCAACCUGUUAACGCUGAUCUAUUAUUUGAUCGCUCAAGAUUUCGGGGGUAGGAAUUAUUUACACCAGAAUAAAAGUGAUAUCGCGCAUUUCUUCCACGAAGGCUGGCCUAUUGAGUACACCCUCGUGUCUCCGGAUGGUAAGAUAGAGAAGCAUAUACUUGGGCGAGAUGUCAGCAAAGGGCAAGAGCCUCAGCUUAUUGUAAAGGGAGGCUACCUCAAGGCAGGCCGUGUGAUGUCAGAGUUGACAGAAUAUGCAGCUUUUGAUGGAGAGACGCCUUUUGGUCUCAUCUCAGAAGCAGUUGCACCUGGCUUUGACUUUAAUGACCGGUUCGUUCCAGACAGAGAGGAUGUCAAGAAAAUGCACCCAGAUUUGCUCAAAGAGUUGGAGGAACACAUUGCACCAAAAUAAAUGCACAGUUUUAGGUCAUUGUUGGUGUAAGAUGCCUAUUGUUUGGGGAAGGUUUGGUAGUCUACUUGAAUAAAUGGAAAAGUUCAAUUGUU